UUUAUCUCUCUCUCUCUCUCUCUCUCUCUCUCUAUAUAUAUAUAUAUAUAUAAUUGUUUGCAGCUCCCGUCUUUCCUUGUGUAUCAUCGAGAGAGAGAGAGAGAGAGAUGGGCACUUUGCGACCGGGCUCCAUAGCUGUGCAUGAAGGGGGAGAUGAUCAUAAGAUUAGUACCCAACCAGCAGGAGCAGCCAACCAUCAGAAACUGGAUGCUGGUGCUCUUUUCGUUCUUAAAUCCAAAGGAUCAUGGAUACACUGUGGUUACCACCUGACGACGUCGAUCGUUGCUCCGGCGCUGUUGAGUCUGCCGUAUGCUUUCGCGGCUCUUGGAUGGGAGGCCGGGAUCAUGUUCCUGGUCGUCGGAGCUCUGGUGACGUUCUAUUCCUACAAUAUGAUAUCUCUUGUUCUGGAACACCAUGCCCAGUUGGGUCGCCGCCAUCUCCGUUUCCGCGAUAUGGCUCACGACAUCUUGGGGCCAAAAUGGGGACGAUGGUACGUGGGUCCAAUCCAGUUCCUGGUUUGCUAUGGUGCAGUUGUGGGUUGUACUCUUCUUGGAGGACAAUGCAUGAAGGCAAUCUACUUGCUAGCUAAGCCAAAUGGAUCGAUGAAGCUCUAUGAAUUUGUGGUGAUAUUUGGAGGUUUGAUGCUGAUUCUAGCUCAGAUUCCCUCCUUCCAUUCACUCAGGCACAUCAACAUGGUUUCCUUGUGUCUCAGCCUUGCCUACAGCACCUGUGCCACUGCUGCUUCCAUAUAUAUAGGGAACUCAUCCAAGGGGCCAGAAAAAGACUAUUCCCUGAAGGGUAACACCGAUGACCGCGUCUUUGGAAUCUUCAAUGCCAUUGCCAUCAUCGCGACAACAUUUGGGAAUGGAAUCAUUCCUGAAAUCCAGGCUACUCUGGCACCUCCAGUGAAGGGGAAGAUGUUCAAAGGACUGUGUGUUUGCUAUGCAGUGGUGACAGUGACUUUCUUCAGUGUAGCCAUUUCUGGCUACUGGGCAUUUGGCAACAAAGCUGAGGGUCUCAUCCUUAGCAACUUCCUGGAAGAUGGCAAAGCUUUGGUCCCAAAAUGGUUCAUUCUGAUGACCAAUGCCUUCACCAUCUUCCAACUAUCAGCUGUUGGUGUGGUUUAUCUGCAGCCCACAAAUGAAGUGUUUGAGAAGACUUUUGCAGACCCCAAGAGCGGCGAAUUCUCUUCCCGGAAUGUCAUACCGAGGCUGCUGUCUCGCUCGCUGUCUGUCGUGAUAGCAACAACCAUCGCGGCGAUGCUGCCAUUCUUUGGCGACAUCAAUGCAAUGAUUGGAUCUUUUGGCUUCAUCCCGCUUGACUUUGUUCUGCCUGUAGUUUUCUUCAACUUGACGUUUAAGCCAUCGCGUCGAAGCCCUGUAUUCUGGGUAAAUAUCACCAUUGCUGUAGUUUUCUCAGCAUUGGGAGUUAUAGCAUCAGUUGCAGCAGUUAGGCAGAUAAGUCUUGAUGCCAAAACUUAUCGGUUAUUCGCUAAUGUCUAGUAGAAGUUUCACCAUUA